UUGGUUUAUUGCAGUGAUGAAGUUCUUCAUGAGAUAUCUCAGAAUGUCCGUCACAUGAUGGAAGAGCUCUGGCUCAAUUGGUCUCAUCUAGGUGUAGACUACAAGACUAAAGUCAGCAACAUCAACAAAUUGGUGUUUAUUGAAAAGGAACUCCAUCGAGAUGUUAUAUCAGAGACUCGUCAAAAGCUCAAAAAUCUCCAGAGUCAAGUUGAUAAGUUAAAAGAAGAAACUGAAGAACUAAGCAGAGCCCUUUCUGUUGAUAUUUCAAUUUUGGAUUUCAAAGAUGACAUGAUGUUGAUUGAUUACAAGGAGAAAUUGGAAGAUCAAAUAGCUGGAUAUAGACAACAAAUGGAACAGCGUCGUACGAAAAUGGAUCGCUUGCUUGAAUGGCAGCGAGAUCUGACUGACAAGCUUGGUGUGACUGUACACGAGUUACAAGAGAUCCCACUCCCCGCUGAGGAGGAAUUAGACAAACUUAAACUACACUUGGAAGUGUUACAGGCUGAAAGGGACAAAAGAGUUGAACUGUUCUUGAAUACUCAAGUUGAAAUCAAGGACAUUAUGGACAAGCUUCAGAUAAAACCACAGAACAAGUUUGAGCAUAUCGUGGUGUCCUCUCUGUCUGUGGACUUCAAAGUUACAGAUUUAAACAUGGAUCGAUUGGCUAAACUGAGACAGGAUUUACAGGAAAAAUAUGAGCAAACUAACAACAGAGUUUUAGAGUUACGUGAACGUUUGUCAAAGCUUUGGGAAUGUUUGGAAGAGGAUCAUAUUUACCGUGAGAAUUUCCUUCAAGCUCACCAAGGUUGCCAUCCUCAAACUGAAAUGGCUAUCAAAGAAGAGAUCAAAAGAUGUGACCAGAUUAAGAGGCAAAAGAUUGGGGUAUUUGUGGCAAAUGUCCGUACCAAAAUCAAGUUGAUGUGGGACAAUGUGAUGUACUCGAGCCAAGAGAGAGAAGAGUUUGUUCAUUACUACCAGGAUAUCUUUACUGAGGACACACUCACACUACACGAACUAUACCUGGACAAAAUAACUAAAUUCUAUUAUGACAACAAACAUAUCUUUGAAUUGGUGGUGACUCGUAAGAAUCUGUGGCUAAAGAUGACCGAAUUAGAGGCUCGAGCGACCGAGCCCGGCCGCUAUCACAAUCGUGGAGGACAACUGCUCAAGGAAGAAAAGGAAAGAAAGGCCAUAGCAAGCAAUCUGCCCAAAAUCGAGGCGACAAUUCGAGAUCUAGUAACUGAAUACGAACAGAAGACUGGCAAUGUGUUCACUGUGGAUGGAAAACCUCUGCUGCAACUGAUACAAGAUGAAUGGGAAACGAGGAAAGCGGAACGUCACAACAAGCUCUCCGCUCGCAAACAGAACCAAGCGCUAACUCCGUCUACUCCGUCUUUUCGUUCCAUGGCCACGUCACCUCUCGGCAAGAGGAAUAGAACAGCUGCCGGGCUAGCGGCUACUGCUGAAAGAAAUAGACCAACCAAGCGUCAGCUGAUCACUGGCAGCGCAACCAAGGCCGUCACUACACUCACCUCCAACCUGUCUGCAUUAAAGAGAUCUGCUAUAUCCACUGUUAAGAGGCGUAUUAGUGGUCGUUUAGCGGCCAGAGCUGUUGUGGAUAGUAAAGGUGAUCACGCUAAGAGGAAACUCGACUACGGAGAAGGAAAAAGGACACCUAAAGCUACCGUCAACGGCAGCAUACUCAAACACAAGCGUGCCUCGGCCGGCCGCCGUCGCAGUGGUCGUCGUUCUAUCAACGCCACUACAUCUUCAGGGGCUUCGAAAGAACGAGAUCCACUAGUUGAAACCACGCUGCUUACUACUUACACAGACUUUAAGGAUCAGAUCAAUGAGAAACAAAUCAGUCGUAGCUCUAUGGCGACCAGAGGUCAAGAGGUCAACAUACCCGUUAUAGUUUAUCAAACAUCCGAAGAUCGUGAGGGAACCCCAAAAAAAACUCCACUGACCCCUAAAGUAGGGAAAGAAAACAUACAACACGUAAUGCUCAGCACUCCAAAGAACAAUCUACCUUACACACCAACCAGAUUAACAAGAUCUGCUUUAAAGUUAAAUAACGACGGUUUCGCAACACCAAGAGCACCUCUUAGCGCUAACAAAGUUAACUUACAAAGACAGAACACUUUGUCUUCUAUGUCGGUUAAAACUACCCCCAACAGCGUGAGCCGCUCUAAGUCACACACACAUUUGGUCAGAGUUAAAAACCUACCGCCUCUCAUAUAA